AUGCAUAGUUUUAUCCGAAAUUCUUCGAUAAGCGACGGGCAUCUUAGGGCAAUGACUGAUCUUUGUGAGCAACCGUUGGGACUACUUUGCGAAGUGGCUCGUCGGGAACUGGUCCACUUACUCGAGUCCUUGCCAGGAAGCAAAGAUCUGAUCGUCGAUGCCACUUUACUUCGUCCACUUGAUCGCAUAGCAUCGAUGAGUCUGCUGCAGAAACACGGCUGUCAGCGAGUGAUCCCUCUUCGGCUUGACUCGUUAAGUUCUACUCCAUGGAACCAGAAUGCGCUACGGCGGGUGUAUUUGCUACGUAGUUCUUUGGACAUGGCACGCUUACUCGCACAACAUGUCCGUUCUUCACCGGAAAAUAUCCAAAUCGCUGUAGUGUGGGUGGACAGAAGACUUGUAAUCUGCGAACGUGAGUUAGAGAGGCAAGGAGUCUACGGCAUGGUGGAGUCGUUCGAACUCAGCAUUUCAUUAAUAUCUCUUGAAAAUGAUCUUUUCUCCAUGGAAAUGCCUAUCACUACAGCUCAAAAGGACCUGCUUGCUCCUGCGAACGCAUUGUUUCAGUUACAGUCUCUCUACGGGUUGAUCCCCACAGUAUACGGUUUAGGUGAACAGACGGAGAAGUUAUGGAAGCUGAUGCACUACGUUUAUGAAGAGAAGGGAGAGCCACGAUCGUCACCGGACCAACCAAUUAGUCACUUAUUUAUGUUCGAUAGAUCUCUGGAUCAGGCUACAGUGUUUAUGACCGGCCUUACAUAUGAAGCAAUGCUACACGAGGUGUUUACUAUCGGGUGCGGCAAGAUUUCGUUUGGACCGGAGGUGGAGGCGAAAAUGAGACCGGAUGUGGAACAAGGCGAGACGAUGAUGAGGAAGUCAAAGGUAUAUGUUCUGGACAACAACGACGGGGUGUUUGCAUCGAUCCGAAACAAGCAUAUGACCGGCGUAUUUCCGUUCCUCAGUUCAAAAGCGAAGGAAAUUCAGUCAGAUUUCAAUAAAGGAGCGUCGAUCGACCAAGUGAGGGACAUGAAGCAGUUCGUUGCGCAUGAACUGAAAGCUCUGAAGCUUCAGCAUCGACAGUUGGAAAUGCACAUUUGCGCUUGUGAGGUUUUGUUGGAGAAGAACGGUGCUGCAGGUGCUGGAGAUCGCCUUCGAUUCGAACAUGAGCUGGUAGCAGGAACAGCUAACAUUGCCGAUGUCAUUUCAUACCUGGAAGACUGCAUGCUGCGUGAGCUUCCAUCCUGGCAAGUGCUAUCACUUGCCUGUCUGGCUAGCUUAUCGCAGAACGGACUUCCUCCCAAAUACUACCAAUCCUUCCGCGAACACUUUUUAAGGACGUACGGUUAUGAAUAUCUCCCCAUCCUGCAUAGUCUUUCUUCCAAACGCCUACUAAUAGAGAAACCACGACCUAUCGUGGGCGGUGCUGUCCCUCAAGCCCCCAAUUCACCAUCACCUAAGGAAUCAGUCCCUACCUUAUCAUUUCUUAUAAAACGGCUAGGCCUUGUGCCGACUUCUGAGGAGUCGAUCGUGGAUCUGAGAAAUCCAUCGGCAAUGAGUUACGUCUUCUCAGGCGCCUUCACACCACCAUUUUGCCAAGUUGUUGCUAACGCGAUGGUUCAUGGCUGGAACACAAACGAGUUGAAGAAGACCUUUGGGCGAGUUCUCGUGGAAGAAAACAGCUAUAUCCCAGCCGACCGUCGUCCUGAUAAUCGUAUGCGCAAAGCGAUCCUGGUAUUCUUCCUAGGUGGAGUUACAUACGCAGAAGUAGCAGCGUUAAGGUUACUCGCUGUACAGAAUAAUUUUCGGAUUUUAAUAGCUUCGACGAAUAUUAUUCACCGAGAUACUUAUAUGAAAUACCUUAGUGAGAUAGACUACCGUACUUUCUGA